AUGUCUGAACCAAUUGCUUCUUAUCUCAUUGUUUCCCUUCCAGAGGCAACCGAUUCUGAAGAAUGGCUCAAGUCCAAUUUGAACGGGGGUUUAUCACCAGUUUUCAAAUUCAAGUUGGACGACUUCCAAAUUGGUACUUUGGACUCGUUGGUGCAAGAAAGUGAAGAUUUGGCUAAAUUAGACCAACAGUUGGGCGGCUCUGUAUCUAAAAUAGUCGAUAUCUUGCUGUCCGUAGACCCUGCUAGUAGCAAAUCUGGUGGUUCUUCUAACUCAGCUAAUUUGGUGCUUGGAAAACCUGCAUGUAACUAUGUUGAAAGGUUCUCUUGGAAUAGUUCAAAGUAUAGACUCGAUAGACCUAUCAAGCAACUAGUUGGUGUAAUUGCUAACGAGGCCAUUGCACUUGACAAUGACGUUAGAACUGCGUACUCCAGCUAUCAAACCGCCAAGUCCAACUACCUUGCCGCCGAUCGUAAAAAGAACGGUGAUUUAUCUAUUAAAUCGUUGCAUGAUAUCGUCAAGCCAGAACAUUUUGUGUUGAAUUCUGAGCAUUUGUCCACCGUUUUAAUUGCUGUUCCUAAGACUUUGAAUCUGGACUUCAAGAGUUCUUACGAAACUUUGACUGAAUUUGUUAUACCAAGAUCCGCCACUGUGGUUGCAACUGAUAACGAAUACACAUUGUAUGCAGUUACUUUAUUCACCAAAUACCAGCAGGAAUUCAUCAACGCUUCAAGAGAGCAUAAAUGGCACCCAAGAACAGAUUUCACUUACUCAGAGGAAGUAUUGAACGAAAUGAGAAAGGAAUUCGACUUGACCAGGGCCACAGAAUCCAAGGUACGUAACGACUUACUCAGAUUGGCCAAAACUGCAUACUCUGACAUUUUCUCUGCAUGGUUCCACAUCAAAGCUAUCAGAAUUUAUGUGGAGAGUGUCUUGAGAUACGGGUUACCACCACUGUUUGAAUGUCUGUUAAUUAAAUUUGAUAAGACCACCGGGAAGAACAUCGGCAAGGCCAAGAAAGAUUUAAUUGAGAAGUAUGGAUACUUUGGAGGGCAAGCUUUCGAUAAGAAGGGUGAUGGUAGUAACUUACACGAGUUUGCUUCAUUGGUAGAUACUGAUUAUGAGCCAUUUGUAUUAUAUGAAGUCGAAAUCAUUUGA